AUGGAGUUGACGCCAAUGGAAAGAGCUGAUAUAUAUGAGUAUUUGCAUCAAAAUCCGAUGGCCACCAACACGCAACUGUUCUCUUUUUUGGCGCUGCUGAACGCGUACGUUCCUGAGUCCUACCUCCUGAUGUCUGAGUGUCUACAGAUCCUUGGACCACCCGAUCCCAUCCAUGGAGUCCCCUUUGAAGAAAGAGUGGAGCCUUUUUCCUUGCUAAUCAAAAGAUCCGGUCGAAACCCCGAACACGUCUGUAUUAUUCCCCCUCUUCUUGCACAGCAGUACGUGACGUUACUUGCUAAAUUAGGGAUUUCCAGGACUGCGACAGUGAAGAACUUAAUGUUCUCACUUUGUGGAGAUUGGCCCCAACCACAUGUACUCCAGUUCAUCAGAUAUUUGCUGACAAAGAGAAAACCGGGAAAAAAGGGGAAAGAUAAGUUCUCAAGGUUGAUUGAAGAUAUAUUGGGCGAAGGGAGUUUCUACAACGCCGUGUCGGUCUUGAAAACAGCAUCAAAUAAAUUAAGACAAAACUCCAUCUACCCCCAAACCCUUUCCCGUCUCUAUUACAUCAGAGGAGGCGUCAAUGACUAUGAAAAAGCCGAAAGAUGGGCAAAGACGGCCAUCGAGAGAGCUGAAAACAACUCUUACGUGGCUGACACUCUCGGCCAGGUUUACAAGAAUUGGCUGAGGAAAGCCAGGCAACCCAACGACAUCCAACAAAUGGAAAAUAAGGCUUUUGACGCCUUUAAAGAGGUGGAGAGGAAAGCUGACAACGAAGAGGGCCCAGAAAUGAGCGACAUGGACGGCACUUUAAGCAUUUCAGAUUCCUUCAACAACAGAGGCCUUUUUGGCUUCAUUCAAGUGGCAAAGAUCGCCUUUGAGAAGCUCAGAGCACUACGGUCUCCUCUCUUACAGGAACAGAUCCCAAAAUUAAAAAUGGAAGUUCAAGCUAAGUUUGACUUUUUUGAACGGUACCUAACUUACUCCAAGCCCACCGCGACAUCCGCAGAGCCGCAUUACUUCUGGAAGGACAUUGCACUGUGUUACGAAAUGUACACGACGGCAUCAGCGGCUGAAUCCACGAGCUUUCCAGGCCUCCUGGACGGUCUGAGUCGAGGCCUUUUCACGUCAAGGGGAAGACGUGCCGGAUUUAAGGAGGCCGAGAAAACCGCGUCGGAUUUGAAGGAAAUCCGAGACGUUUUGAAAAACUCCUACGAGGCCAAUCCUGACGAUGUCCAAGCAGCUGAGAGUUACAUCCUCUCCAACAUCACGUUGAGCAACGAGAGCCGGCAUCACACCCCAGUGAAAGAACUCCAGGCGAUAAUGCACAGAUUCUUGCACACAGACGUCGGGCGUAGAAGCCCUGAGUUUUACCUCAUGGCUCUGCUGUUGUUUUGGCCUGAGGAAGAGCCUCAAGUGGUGCAAGGUGAGGGUGACGAAGACGUGGAACAACCAGACUCAGAGGACGAGUUGUCAGAAGGCGAAUCCUUGGAGGUUGAGGACAGCGACGGGGAACAAGGAACAAGCAGAGAGCCGGAACAACUAUCUCUCGACUUCAUGUUUGACCCGCAACAGUACGUCGAGUUCAUGGAGACAUCGUUCGAGAGAUCCGAUGCCAAGUACCUUCGAGGCCGUUACCUGUCGCCUCUGUUUUUUCUGGGGGAGGGCUCCGGACUGAGCAGGUGGAUCCACAAGUCAAGGUUGGACGAAAUCGUUGGAGAAGAGGUGGACGCCGAGCUCGCCGGUGAACAGAAAAAAAGCACGAAGGAGAAAUGGAAGCGGAUCAAUAAGAAGUGGACCACGGGGGACGUGUGGAGGAUCCCGGAAAUUGAAGAAAUGCUUCUCCCGGUCCGGGUCGAGCCAGGCGACACAUCAACGAAGCAACAGGAAGAAGAGAAAGUGCUUGUUUGUGCUGGACGGAAGAGAAUAAGGGUUACGAAAGAGGCGGGGCCUGAUUCAGGCCCGAGCCCGGUGCUUUUCUAUCUGGGCUUCAACAUAAAGGGUCCCGUCGUCUUCCAAGCGUCCGGACAGUGAUUGACAAAGGACGCUUUUGUGCUUGGACAAAGUUUCCUGGCUUCUUUCAAUAGUUCCUGAGAUAUUC